AUGUCAUGGGAGCUUCCAGCCCUGACCCUUCUCUCCCUCAGCGCUGUUGGCUUUUGGGGGCUUGGUAGUCCUCAGCCCUUCCACCGCAAGGCCCUGUAUAUCCUCGUCAGCGCCUCCGCCGUCCUCAUCGAUCCUCGCCAGCUCGCCGCGCGCAUGUACGCAAGCGCCCACGACGCCAUUGUCGACUACCAGCUCGAUGCGCUGCUAGCCCAGCACUUCAAGAUGGCGCUCACUCUCGGAGCCGUGCUCUGGCUGCUUCACCGGGGAUGGCAAACCCUCUGGAAACCCGUUCCCGAACUCAUCAACAUCCUAGGUGUCGACAUCCCUGAACCUCCCGAUGUCAGUCUUGCUGGAAUUCGAUCCGAUGCGGCUACUCUCAGCUGGACGCGCCCGACGAGCAAUCGACCUGUACAGAAAUAUUCUAUCCAAGUCAACGGAGUGCAUGUGGGCGAUUCUCCAGGCAACGAGGUGGCCAUUACCGUGACGGGGCUGAAACCGAACCAUUUCUACAACAUUCGCGUUGUUGCCGUGGGCCCGAACAACUUCCAAGCCGGCAGUGCCCUUUUACGAUUACGCACGUUUGGCAAGGAUGGGAGACCACUUCUGGGCAAUUCACGACUGCCUACUAACUUUACGGAUCCGGACCAGCCUCGAACCAUCCCUGGUGAUGAUGAAAGCGACGACUCUGACGAUGCCCAAUUCCCCGUACCAUCAGUCGAGGCCGCCCCUGUUCUCGACGGUAACUCGGCCAGCACUCGCGAUGCCAACGGUACUGCGCCGGGGCAAAGGCGCAACACAAUAAACCGCCGCCACUCGCCCUCUGUCGCGAGCAUGGACCAGCCUCACAUCAAGCUCCCAAUUCUCGAUGGCCCCGAACUGUCGCUUGACGAGUUGAAUUGUAAAUUUGAAGGCAUUAGAAAGGAAAUCGAGGAUACAUUGGCCGUGUAUGCCAAGGAACAGGCCGAGGCACAGCAACAGGAAGAGGAGCUGAAAAAGGAAAAGGAGCGUAAGCGUCAGAUGUUGAAGGAGAAGGAAGAGCAGACGGCCCAACUCAAGGCCAUGGUGAGAAUUACGAUGGAGCAGAUGAGAGCGGCGGAGAAGGAGCGAGCAAAAAAGGAGCAGCAAUUGCGGGACAAGGAGGCCAAAAAGUCCAAAGUGCGAGAUAAUGUCUCCAAACUUGAGUCUGAGAUCCAGCGCAUGAAGAGGGAUCGUGAAGGGUUUGAGGCGCAAAAGGCUGCCUUAGCAGAGAAGAGGGAUAAGGACGUGCGAAAACUUGACGAGAUCAAUGCUGAGCUUUUGGAUAAGUGUGCUGAACUUGAGGCGGAGUUGAAAGACAAAGGGAAACAAUUGCAGGAUCUCAAGGCAGCUCGAGAACAGCUUCCUGAUGCGCACGAUGAGCAGUGGAAAGAGGAAGACCUGAGAUUAAGGAGGGAGUGGGAGGCCAGGAGAAAGGAGCUGCAUGCUCGGUGGGUGGCGGAAGCCAAGAGAUCCUACGAGCUUGACCAGCAGAUCAACAUGGUGACGAAACAGUUGAGGAUGGAGCAGGCCAACCUCGAAUUCUUCAAUCAAGGGGUCGCUCCCAACCCCAACGCGGAGUUUGACAUGUCUCCGCCCGCUCGACCUAGGCGUCUAAGCCAACACGGCGUCCCGAUGCCCGAAAGUCUGUCAUCACCAAGCCCGAUUGUUCCCUCUGACCCUACCUUUCAAUCGACUGCCGGCUUCGCCAAUGCUGGAUUUGGCCCAGUCCUGUUUAUGGACGUGGCGGCCCAUGGCCAAGGCGAACCCCAGACGGAAGCUGAACUUAGGGAGGCCAACGGGCCGUUGAGUCCGUCGGCAGCUCGCUCAUUUCUCCCUUCUAACAUCUUUGACGAGAUGGAGGAGCCUGACCUGGGCCCCGAAGACAAUCUCCUGCCUGAGCCUAUUCAGGCAGAUGACGACGACAACAUUCAGUCACCGGCUUCCGCAAGCCCACCCUUUAACAUAUUCGCAAGCCCUCAUGGUUCUUCGAGCAAUUUACCGUUCCCCCAAUACAAUGAAACCCGCGACAGGCGGCCGUCUUUGACUUCUCUGGGGUUGAAUCACUCUGCGACUUCUCCUCCCGCCACCGGCCAUAGGUUGUCCAACCUUUUGGCGGCGCUACGUAAUAGGGGCGCAAAGCCUGCGGAUGAACUGGGGCCUGCCAUUGGCUCGCUCAAGCCCGGGCAGAGCCAAUCUUUCCCUCGAGGAACGGACGAGCAGGAGGUGUUGGAAAAUCGCCGAAAGAUCAACUUUUCCUCUUGGAUGAACCGCAACUCGACCGGGCCCGAUAGCUUUGCCGGAAUCCCCUUUUCGACAUCUCGACCGUUCUCGGCGCGCCGGCUGAUUCCAUUUGGCAACUCAAGCGGUGGCGUGUUUGCCGACAGAGACGCUGAUGGAUCUAGGCCGCCUUCCAUAAACUCCAUCGACCUGCCACGGCCGUCCACAGACAGCGGCUCCAUCUGGGGAGUGCAAGGAGUUCAGGGAGAGCAGGGAGGCUUGCUCAGCACCAAGAACCGGCUGUGGUCGCCUGACAAUCGAUGGCCCUCUAGGAGCGGCUCUAGGCGCCCGUCAAUCCAUGGAUCGCCAUCCAUACUGACCACCACCUUAGCGUCCGCCGAAGAUGUCAUACUCGACGAUGAUGACUUACUUGACCCGCAGACGUCGCCUAGCCAGAUUGGUGUCAUCGGUUCCCGCCCGCCAACAGGGUUGAAAUCUAUCAACCAGCGUCUGAAUCCGACAGCUCCGACAUUCAUGGGCAACUUCUUCCGCGGUGCUGACAAGUCUAAGAGCAAAGAUAAGAGCAAAGACAAGGCCAAGGAAGAAAAGGCCAAGGACACAGAAUACCCCCAUGGACUGGAUGAUUUCCCAUCCGAAGCGUCAAUGUCUCGGGACACCAAUUCCAUCCACACUCAGGGUUCAGUUGCCGAGUCUCAUGAAUCGCUGAUGCUUGGCUCGACUUUAUCCAACACGCCAUCUGAUCUCAAUUCCAACGCCGACUCGGCUGCCAAAGAUCAAGACAACGUCGUCAUGAAACUGUUCCGCAAGGGAAGCUCCAGCAAGUUUGGCCUGUCGACUAGACUAGGCAAAGACUCGGGACUAUUUAAGAAAGGACCCGGUAGCGCAACCAAUUCGGACAGAAAUAUGUCGGUAGACCAUCGGUCCAGCAUCGGUGACAUUGACGACCUAGGCGAGGACGCUUCUCAGCUUGGCCGAAGCUUUGACAGCUUGGCAAGCAGCCCUUCGCUAGGCCCCUCUAAAUCGAGAGAGUCGAGGGAGAGUCGGAUGAGCGGGUGGCGCUUCUCCAUGAAGAAGAAGGGCAAGGACACGGUCAAGGAAAAGGAAAGCACCGAGUUUGACAAGUAUGCCGAGGAGGAAUAA